CUAGAAACCCUUUUUCCAGCUUCUUCUCCUGCUGGUCUUUAGGGCUACGUUUUCCACUCGACCCGACCUGGUUAGAGGAAAGCAACUGUCUAAUCGAUGCUUCUUAUCUUCUUAACCUAAUUACCACAUCACUCGAUUUUUCUUUUCUCUCAAAAGAAUCCAAAGCUAAGCCCCUUGAUCUCUCGUCAACAUGGGAGAUUACAACGAUGCCUUCAUGCGCAACCAAAACGCCGCCGCCGUUCAGGCCCGCGUUAAACCUCCUCAGAACCGUGCCAAUAUUCAACAGCUCAAGCUGAUUGGGCAAAGCCAUCCUACUGGUUUAACAACCAAUCUUUUGAAGCUCUUUGAACCUCGACCUCCGUUGGAGUUUAAACCGCCUCCGGAGAAGAGAAAAUGCCCUCCAUAUACAGGAAUGGCACAGUUUGUGACUCACUUUGCUGAGCCAGGAGACGCUGAGUAUGCCCCGCCUGUUCAGGAAGCUGAAACACCUGCACAAAGAAGAGCAAGAAUUCAGAAGUUACGGCUAGAGAAGGGUGCAGAGAAGGCUGCUGAGGAGUUGAAAAACUAUGAUCCAAAUAACGAUCCAAACAUUUCAGGUGAUCCAUACAAGACACUAUUUGUUGCUAGACUUAAUUACGAGACAUCUGAGAGUAGAAUUAAAAGAGAGUUUGAGUCUUAUGGACCAAUUAAGCGGGUUCGUUUGGUUACUGAUAAAUCCACAAAUAAACCCAGAGGCUAUGCUUUCAUCGAGUACAUGCAUACUCGGGAUAUGAAAGGUGCUUAUAAACAAGCUGAUGGGAGGAAGAUUGAUGGCAGAAGGGUUCUUGUGGAUGUUGAGCGUGGUAGGACAGUCCCAAAUUGGCGCCCUCGUAGGCUAGGUGGUGGACUUGGAACAACCAGGGUUGGAGGUGAAGAUGUUAUUCAAAGGGAGCAAGUUCAAUCAGGAGUAUCUCGUUCUGAGGAGCCAAGGAUUCGAGAAGAUCGACAUGUUGACCGGGAAAGGGAAAAGUCCCGUGAAAGAGGAAGAGAACGGGAGAGGGAGCGAGAAAAGUCUCGCGAGCACUCCCAUGACAGACCAAGGGAUCGUGAUAGAGAGGAUAGACACCAUAGAGAUCGUGAAAGAACUAGAGACAGAGACAGAGAUAGGGAAAGAGAGAGAGACCGUGGUCGUGAUCGUGAUCGAGCACGUGAUCGUGAUAGAGGUCGGGAUCGUGAGCGUGAUAGAGAAAGAGAUCGUGAAAGGGACAGGGAUUAUGAUGUUGGUGACUAUGACCGCGACCGUGGGCGUUCUAGGGAUAGGGAAUCUGAUUAUGACCGUGUUGAGUCCAAACAUGAGCGGGACCGGCCUAGUGAGAGGGAUUAUGAUCGUGGUGAGCCAGAUGACGAUCAUGAGUGGUAUGAACAGCAUGAUCAUGGGCAUAGGCGUGCGGACCUAGAUGACCAACACUACAAACAGUAUGAGCAUCAUCGAGGUCGAGGAGAAUAUGAUUUAGAUGCCCAUGGUGACCGUGAUCGUUAUGAUAAAUAUGCUGACCAUGACCAGGAUCGAUAUGAUGGGAUGGAGGAAGAUGAUUAUAGGUGAAUUACGAUUAUCUGAAAAAUCAAUUUCUGGCGAGGUCACUUUUGUUGAAUAUAGGCUGCCUUUUCUCCCAAUGCGGCUGGUUUAGUUUAGACCUCAGGGAACUCAAUAUGCUUUCUCUAUGAUGUGGUUUAAUUCCUAGUUCAGGAGUGUGUUGCUUUGAAGUUGGAACCCUGCUUUAUUUUAUUUACAAUAUUUUUAAUUUUUAUUUAGACUUGUUAUGCUGUAUUAAGCUUUAUUACGCUACUGACCUGUUGUGUUUGCUCUCCUUUUGCUUAAGAUGGAUGAAAUGGGUAAUGAACGUUAUUGUA